CUUGGCGAUUCGUUUCUAAAUUCUUGUCUUCCAGAACAAGGAAAACAAAAUAAAUUUAAAAAAAAAGAAAAGAAAAGAAAAGAAGGGAAAAUAAACGAAACGGUAAACUUUCACCAAACAAAUUAAACAGCUGCACCACCAACCACCACCCCAACUCCACCUUCACGUUGCGUUACCUUCUCCUCUUCCUCCGUUUCUUGUUUCGCAGAAAUUUAAUAAAACUCCCCCAAAUUCUAGGGUUCCAAUUUCAAUUUCGGAAACCCUAGUUUCUGGAAUUCAGUUCCAUUUUUCAAGUCUCUUCAGCCAUGUCGAGUCUAGAGGAACCACUUGGUCUUGAUAAGUUGCCAAGCAUGAGUACUGUGAACAGGAUCCAAAGGUUCUCAUCUGGCGCUUGUCGGCCCAGAAAUGAUGAUAUGGGAAUGGGAAACUGCUGGAUUGAAGGAAGAACCUGCAGCUUGUCCAACAGUUGCUGCGAAGAUUAUGAAGAGUAUUCAAAAGGGGCAUAUCCAUGGAGAAGGAAUUCAAGAGAUGUGUUAGGUGACUUCCCCAAUCAAAGGACAUUAAGCUCAGGGAGGAAUCAUGUGGUAUAUGGAAGUGCUUGUGAUUCAUCGUAUUUUGAAGGUCAAUUAUGUAAUUCCAAUUCCAGAGACAACCACAUUGGGGAUAUGAGAAACAAGUUUUUCAAAGGUAUACCAAAGUUUGUGAAAAUAGUGGAAGUUGGUCCUAGGGAUGGAUUACAAAAUGAGAAAAGCAUUGUGCCUACAUCUGUGAAAGUUGAGUUGAUUCGUAGACUGGUAUCUUCCGGGUUGCCUGUUGUUGAGGCCACAAGUUUUGUCUCACCUAAAUGGGUUCCUCAGUUAGCAGAUGCAAAAGAUGUGAUGGAUGGAGUUUGUGGUGUUGAGGGGGCUAGAUUGCCUGUUCUAACACCUAACCUGAAAGGAUUUGAAGCAGCUAUUGCUGCUGGUGCAAAGGAAGUAGCAGUCUUUGCAUCAGCUUCUGAAUCAUUUUCAAAAUCAAACAUUAAUUGCAGUAUUGAGGAGAGUCUUUCUCGUUACCGAGCUGUUACUCAUGCUGCUAAAGAGCUCUCCAUUCCUGUUCGGGGGUAUGUAUCAUGUGUGGUUGGAUGUCCAGUGGAAGGACCAAUUACACCCUUGAAAGUGGCAUAUGUGGCGAAAGAGCUCUAUGAGAUGGGAUGCUUUGAGAUUUCUCUUGCUGAUACGAUUGGGGUUGGUACACCUGGUACUGUUGUUCCCAUGCUUGAAGCUGUAAUGGAUGUUGUUCCUGUGGAGAAGCUUGCUGUCCACUUUCAUGACACUUAUGGGCAAUCUCUUCCCAACAUUUUGAUAUCGCUCCAGAUGGGGAUUAGCACUCUGGAUUCCUCUGUUGCUGGUUUAGGAGGAUGCCCCUAUGCGAAGGGGGCAUCAGGAAACGUUGCCACUGAGGACGUGGUGUACAUGCUGCAUGGGCUUGGUGUGAAAACCAACGUGGAUCUGGCCAAACUCCUGUUGGCCGGGGACUUCAUCGGCAAGCAUUUAGGUCGUCCAUCUGGAUCAAAGACAGCCGUUGCCUUGAGUCGGGUGGCAUCUUUUUCCUCUUAAGAUAUGAAUUUAUGAUGAGCUACAGCUGAUGCGUAAAAGCUGCUAUAGAUUAUUUAUGUCGUCGGUUAAUUGGC